AACCAAAAUACACAAAUUACAAAACAACAGGCAGGUCAACAACACAGAACAAGGUCUUGGGAACCUGACACCUGAGCAAGCCUAAAGACGUACAGGACCUAAAUAAAAAUUUAUUCAUACAAAAAUGGCUGAAGUAGAACUAAAUAUCGACAGUUUGAUAGCAAGACUUCUCGAAGCACGUGGUCGUCCUGGUAAGACUGUUCACAUGACAGAAGGUGAAGUUAGAAGUCUGUGCGUAAAAUCCAGAGAACUUUUCCUCAGUCAACCAAUUUUGUUGGAGUUGGAAGCUCCACUAAAAAUUUGUGGUGAUAUUCAUGGUCAAUAUUCAGAUUUGUUGCGUCUUUUCGAAUAUGGAGGUUUUCCACCAGAGGCAAAUUAUCUAUUUCUGGGUGAUUAUGUUGACAGAGGAAAACAAUCACUUGAAACGAUAUGUUUAUUGCUAGCAUAUAAGAUCAAAUAUCCUGAAAACUUCUUUUUAUUAAGAGGAAAUCACGAGUGUGCUAGUAUCAACAGAAUUUAUGGAUUCUAUGAUGAAUGUAAACGAAGAUUUAAUAUAAAAAUUUGGAAGACGUUUACAGAUUGUUUCAAUUGUCUACCCAUUGCAGCUAUUGUUGAUGAAAAAAUAUUCUGUUGCCAUGGAGGUUUAUCACCAGAUUUGCAAUCAAUGGAGCAGAUCAGACGUAUAAUGAGACCGACUGAUGUUCCUGAUACAGGCCUAUUGUGUGAUCUGUUAUGGUCAGAUCCUGAUAAAGACAUCCAAGGAUGGGGUGAAAAUGAUCGUGGUGUAUCGUUCACAUUUGGUGCUGAUGUGGUUGCACGAUUUCUUAACCGGCAUGAUCUUGACCUUAUAUGCAGAGCUCAUCAAGUUGUUGAAGAUGGUUACGAGUUUUUCGCUAAACGUCAAUUGGUUACAUUAUUUUCGGCACCAAACUAUUGCGGUGAAUUUGAUAACGCCGGUGGUAUGAUGAGUGUGGAUGACACUCUUAUGUGUUCGUUUCAGAUUUUGAAGCCUGCAGAAAAGAAAGCGAAAUAUCAAUAUGGCGGUUUAAACCAGGCACGCCCUAUCACGCCGCCACGUAAUCAGCAAGGCAACAAAAAGGCGAAAGGGAAAUAAUGGAAGAAAAUGGCGAAGAUGUAAUUUAAUAAAACCAAAAAAAAACCCAUCCUGGAACUGUUAGAUUGUGAUGACAUUUAGUUGUAAAGAUACCACGCAUAUUUUCAAUGCAUCGCGUUUAUUUUUGACGCACAGCUUUGCUUGAUUUUACCAGCCUUGUUUUGCGUUGAUCUACAUAAACUUUUGCGAUUGAGAAUCACUUGUUGUGUGUUUCAUAUCAUUCGGGUUCGAUGUAUGAGAAAUCUUUUACUUUGUAUCUUGUUUUAUAUUUUUACAGAAAAAUGUUGUGAAUCUUGUAGAGAA